CUUUGUUGUCUUCUUGUCUGGAGCAUUUUUGCCAAGCUACAUGGCUAGCUGUCUGCUUUGAUUUCUGGUCCUUCCAGGCACGUUUUUGUCAUUGAUAAUGUUCAGAUUGUGAGGUUUUAAGUGUUCACUCGGCCCUGGCUCCUGUCACUGGAGCAGCCCUAAUGGGACACACACAGGCGGGUUCUGGACGGGUUUAUUUGAUUCUGAUUAAAACGCCUUGUACAAACUAGCCUCAGUUUGAAACUCGGUGUUGUCAACUCAGUUUAUUUCACCUGGUUGUGUUUCUGCUGGUCUAAUCAGGGGACAGCAGAUAUAGUAGAUCUCAGCACAUCAGGCUCAGUUGAAUAAUUGAACUGGAUUACUGUUACAAUUCCUGUAAGUACAUGGGUUUGUUUGUUUGUUUUACUGGCAGCCUGCACUUUUUUUUAUUUUGUAAUGACACACAAAUCUCCUGGUUUAGGUUGCUGGUUAUUAGAAAUAUGUGUCAGCCCUCUGCCUAAAUGCUUUAGGAUCUUUAUUUCCUCUUAGGGCCCCUGUCAUUGCGCAGCUUUUUGUGUGGCAUCUGAAGACCUCUAGUUUAACCCUGGAUACCCUAUAAUAUAGACAAGAAACAUAUGCGGGUGUGCUUUUCACUUCUUUAUUUGGACUUUUGAUAAAUUGUUGCUCAGAUCAGCUCCUGCACAACACAAACCCUGCAUCCCUGUUUCUCAGGAGUCACGUCUUCAGGUCAAGUGACAGCCGGCGUGCUGUUAGGAAAUAAGCUGCAAAAGAGGAAAGCAGUGACAUUGCCUUGUGUGCAUUUCCCCCUCCCCGUGACUGCAAAUCACACUCGCACUGCAAAAUACUUCAACAUCAUGCACUAAUGUUCAUACUUGGUCGGAUGGCCUGCGCCGAAUGUGAUCUGACAUUUUUGUGUUUCUCUAGAAAGCUGCAAAGAGACGGUUUUGUGAAAUGCUGCGGACAAAAGCCUUGGAUUUAAUGUGAGUGUGCCUGGAGACAGCACUGCUGCCACCAUGAAGAGUGAAGUGCCAUCUGAGGCCUCUAGCAGACAGGAGCAUCUGAAGGAGCCACUGGUGAACCCAGAGUCCAUGGACGGGACUAAGAACUUCCCCAACAACAUGGAGGUUCUCGGAAAGGCAGCCAGCGACUUCGAGGCCCUUUGUGAAUCCAGGCACCGGCCCCUGAGGGACACGGGGACGCACAGAGACUCGGAGAGGAGCCUGGCAGGGCGGAGAAAAAGGAAAGGGCAGCAGGCGGGGCCGUCGGACUGUUCACUGAAGGAGGACCACAUCAGUGAGAACUCGCUGGCUCCUCAGCGGGCCAGAGUAGAACUUUUACCGCAUCCCAGUGAGGAUGAACAGAACAAUGAGUCGUCCUUUAGUGACUGUGCCUCUUCCCCGUCAUCCAGCCUGCGGUUUGGAGACUCUGACACCCUUAGUUCAGAUGAUGAGGGAGAAGCCGGAGCGACAGGGGGCCAACACAAGGCCCCUGCCCUACCACCUGGCGGAGGCGCCGCGGUCGGCCUGCGCCCCAGUCUGGGCCGAACUCGGGGUAGUCGCUCUCACAAGUGGGUCCGACCCGAGCCCGAGCCGGUGCUGUUGAAGCGGCCGUGCCUGAGCAGCCGGCGGCCACCGCAUCGGAAGCGCUUUGUGAAGACGGCUCCUGGCGGAGGCCAGCGGACUCAAAAGCAGAAGGAGCGGCUGCUGCUGCAGAGGAAGAAACGGGAAGUGAUCGCACGGAGGAAAUACGCUCUGCUCCAUAGCACCAGCAGCUCCAGCAAAGAGCUUAGCAGCGACUCGUCCUCGGCGUCAUCAACUGAAGCAGAAGACGAGCUGUAUGUGGACGUCAGCAGCACCAGCAGCCAGCCGAUCAGUGCUACUGUAGCCACAGGUGCUCUGGAUGAGGAUGUGGUCGUGAUAGAGGCGUCUCCAGCUCCAGCGAAUGCUGUUCCCGCCAGCGAGGAGAUCAACGUCACCUCGACGGACAGCGAAGUGGAGAUCGUCACCGUUGGAGACGGAUUUAGGUCACGCUCAGUCGGGGGUCUUAGUAGGAUUUGGGGCAGUAGUUGUGCCCAGAAUCGGCUCCAGGAGCCGCGAGGACGUCACCGGCUCUCAACAGUCAUCCAGCCGCUGCGCCAGAACCCCGGGGAGGUGGUGGAUCUCACAGUGGACGAGGAUGAUCUCUCAGUCGUACCAACAACCUCCGGCAGCAUUCACACUCAGACAGUAAGGUCGUCCUCUUCAUCGUCGUCCUCCCAUCACGCCUCUACCUCUGAGCUCAAUGAUGCCCCGGGCCCUUCCACCAGCUGCGCAGGUUCAAUGCCUGAAAGUGUGCACACGCAGAGAGCCAGUGGUUCUGCUCGCACAGCCGCAGAAGAUGACAACAGACCAGGCUUGUCUGGUACAGGAGGAGAAAACUCAGGCACAGCCAUGCCCAGACUCCCAUCCUGCUGUCAGCAGCACUCUCCGUGCAGCGGCCCCUCUCCUGGUCACAUGUCCCUCAGCCACUCCCAUUCUAGCUGCUUGCAAGCGUCCUCCUCUCAGCAGACCGCCGGCUCUCAGCACAGCCACAGCAACACUCACCACUUUGUCCACCAUAUCCAUCACCCUGCACCACAGCCCCCGGGAACUUUACCCUUUCAAGAGCCGAGCUGCCCUGUGGAACGCCCCAGUGCUCUGCCUGCCCCCUGUGCUGGAGUUAGCAACAGCAGCAGCAGCAGCAAUGCAUCCCACUACCAUGACCAGCAAACCCUGCCAGUGGACCUGAGCAACAGCAGCGUUAGAGGCGGUGGCACCGGGGGUGCUAGUUUCCAUGGCAGCACGUCAGCCUUUGACCCUUGCUGCCCGGGCUCCUCCUCACGGCCCCCUGCUUAUGUUUCACAUGCCACCCCAGGGCCCAGUCAGCCAGCUGUGGUGGACUCAUUCAGCUCCUCCAUGGUGGCUCAGCCACAAACACAACCUCAGCCCUGCAGACAUUACAUGCAUCCGCCUUAUGGCUCUCUGACACGAUCCCUGCAUCAUCAGCCCUCCUCCGCCUGCCCUCACUCCCACGGGAACCCCCAACUCACCCCACAGCCUCCUCCACAAGGCGAAUUCCUCAUUCCCCACUCCUUUCAUACGCCACUGCCAUCCCACCCUGCAGGUCACUCGGUUCCUCCAGCACCUCCACCUCCCCUCUCCGCCCACCACCUCCCCACUUCCACCGUGCCGCUGGCCCAGCACCUUCCACCAGACCACCAGACCCUGCAGCACCACAUGCCGCCUCUGGGCCCUUCAGUGCAGAGGAUGCAUCAGCACGAGAUGCUGCAGAGGAUGGAGGUCCAGAGGCGGAGGAUGAUGCAGCACCCCACGCGGGCGCAUGAGCGGCCACCUCCACACCCCCACAGGAUGCACCCCAACUACGGCCACGGACACCACAUCCACGUGCCACAGACCAUGUCUUCCCAUCCUCGCCAGCCUGAGCAGAGAACGACAUGGGAGCUUGGCAUCGAGGCUGGCGUGCCAGUGGCUUCGUACACUUCAGGGCACCUGCACUCUCACCUGCCCCACUACCAUACUCCCCCGAGACUGCACCACUUCCCCAUCUCCUUAAUGCACACUACUGGCAUUUCUGAAGUGACCUACCCGCACAUUAGGUACAUCUCAUCGAGAAUGACUGGCUUUGGAAGAACCUAUGAGGACCUGCUGCAUUUAGAGGAACGACUUGGGACUGUGAAUCGAGGAGCCUCUCAGGGAACCAUAGAGAGGUGCACCUACCCACACAAGUACAAGAAGAAGGUGUUGGAGAGAGACAUUGACCAACAGUUAACCCCUGAAGCUUGGGCAUCUAUUGGGAAAAAUAUGCACGCAACCCCAGAAUCGAGAAAGCUGCACGGCAAACAAGACGAAGAUGAGGGGGCCGAUGAAGACACGGAGGAGAAGUGCACCAUCUGCCUGUCGAUACUGGAGGAGGGGGAGGACGUCAGGCGCCUGCCGUGCAUGCACCUCUUCCACCAGCUGUGUGUGGAUCAGUGGCUCCUCACCAAUAAGAAGUGCCCCAUCUGCAGAGUGGACAUUGAGGCGCAGCUGUCUGCCGAGAGUUGAUGCUGUUUUCCCAACAACACUUUUGUUUGUUCGGAGUUUAUUUUCAGAUCAUAUUAACUUUCUCUUCAGUACUGCAGUCAACCAAAGAUGGCACGAAUUACCUGCGCAGCUCUACUACGAGGAAAAAUGAAAAAAAAAAAAAAAACACACAAAAAAAACCCCCGAAAACAAAAAAGCAUCGAGCCUAGAGUGCCAGCUCUCACACAGUAGAACAACAACUAGAUUUCUCCAUUAUGGAUUUAAGAUUUUAUUGUAUUUAUGAAGCUUUUAUGUAGCUUUUGAUUGUUUCCUCAAGUGUCAUUUCUGUUUUGUUUCUCUGCAUGUUUCCUUGCAAUGCAUUUCUUUGCACAUAUAACGUGGGCUCACCACGGCCCGCCGAGUUGCAGGUGAGGGGAGCUGCUCUAGUAAAGAUGCAUUUCUGUAAACCUAAUGCCUUGCUUUACUAGAAUAGAAUGUCAACCUUCAGUUUAAACAACAACAAAAAAAAGAAAAAAAGAAGAAGAAAAACAACAAAAACAUUGCAGGAUUCAUUUUACCAGUCAUUGUAUUGAUUAGUUUAUGUUUAGCAGAUGUGGAUUGUUAGUGAAAGAUGUUUUUUUUUGGUUUUUGUUAUUUUGUUAUUUUUUUUCUUCCAAGUAAAUCAAGACAUUCCUAACUAAGGAAAUAUGUUAAAUCAGCUGCUGUAUUAGUGCACACCCAGUAUUUCUAGAGUGGAAAUCAGCUCCAUGGUUCACCUCACUCCCAGGAUAUGCACAUGCUUUGCUACGACUACACCUCCACCCUCCCGCACCUUCAUCGGGCGACAGCACCCCCGUCACCAUCCCCGCGUAUUUUAGGGAGCCAGAAAAAGAAUGUCACACCCCCCUCUCUUGACUGUUGUUUCCAAACUGAGCGAUUGUCGGGAACUGCUGUGAAUCUUUUCUCAUUUUUUAUUCCGUCGGGGUUCUUCCCACAGACAGACGUGCGAAGCCUAACUAAGGGUUUUUUUGGUGAGAUGAUCUCAGGCCUGUGAGUGUUGAAGAGAUUUGAAAACUGGUGAUCAUGCUGUUAAAAUUGAUACUGGCAGUGGCGUUGACUUUUUAAUCUUCUGCGUGAGCAUGCGAGUGUGUGUGUGUGUGUGUGUGCGCGCGUGUGUGUGUGUUCAGAGGGGAAAAACACAGCUCAAGUUGAGAUUUACUGUUUGUUCUCACACUUCUAACUGAUUUCGCCACCAUCCCUCUCUGUCUCUCUCUCUGUAGUUGAGCAGCAGCGUCCAUCUUGGAUGCUGCGGAAAGAAAAAAAACAAAACACUAAUACUGUUGACUAACUCACUCGCAUAGACUUGCACAAGAGAGAAAACGGUAGAUUAGUAGUGAAUAUGACAGUGUGCUGAGGCCAUGUGUUUCCACUCUGAUGAUCAUGAGGGAAAAAAAAAAGGAAAAAAUAUUUUGAGCUGAGUGUUGAAAUGCAGUACUUAAAGCAGGUAUCCAUGCAUUCAUUGACUUAAAGGCACCAGGAUCAUAUUAUGUGGGAUUUAUAUUAGUUUUGAAAAAUAAUAUUAAUAAACUUGGAUAACUCUUGUUGAGUCCUUUGAUUGAUGUUUGAUUGAAUGAAUGUUUGGAUGGAGGCGUUUUUGAAUUAAGUGGUGAAUUUGAGGGGCAGAAAUCGAUCUUUGUUUCUCUUCUCUCUCUCCAGAUCAUGAGUGUAAUGUUUUCCAUUUUCAUGCAUCUUAAUAUUUAUUAAAAUACAUAUAUCUUAA